GUCGGUAUUGUAGUGAAAUUUAGUAAAAAUGAUAACUUGGGGAUUAUUUUUAUUAAUAAGGUGAAUUUAAAUACAAGUUGAAUUAAAUUGUCGGUAUGUUUGCCUUAAAAGCUUGCACUGUGUGCUUGAAAACUGACGUGAAAGUGUUCAAUAUGAACACAGGACAACUAAGACAUGAAUAUAAUUUAGUGUCGAGCUUAAUGACUCACAGUCAAAAUGGUUUACCUGAGUACUUAUGUUAUCAAUGUGUGGCAUAUGUGAAAAAUUUCAUAAGAUUCCGUGACAAAUGCCAACGUACAUAUUAUGCGCUACGAGAAAUUCUAGAAAGAGAUAAAAAGAUAACCCAGUCUAUCAUCGAAGAACUAGAUUCAAAUGUGUUAAAUAUAGAACCCACCUUGUCUUACCUAGCUGCAGAUCACACUAAAACUAAAUAUGAAAAUGUUAAACACAAAAAUUCAAAACAUAAUUUUGUAGAUGUAAAACAACAGGAAAAUAUAACUACAGUUCACUAUGACACUACUUCUGAUGAUCUGAUAUAUGAAGUGCCCAAGAAAAAACCUAAACUUUGGGUGGACAUAGAAGAAAAUAUUAAACAAGAAGAAGAUCCUAUAGUCAAAGAUUUCGAAACAUUCAAUGCAGAAGGUGCUGAUCUUGAUUCUAAGGAAAAUGAAGACAGUUACUUUGACACCAACUUUGAUGACUUUGAUGAACCACAAAAUGAGAUUGACAAUAGUGAUAAGAUUGAUAUGCAAAUUGACACAAGUGGUAUGAAUUUAGAAGAGGAUUAUGCUACAAUAUUACCGAUAUCUAUGAAAGAGGCUAGAGCUGUCGUGGAUGUUUAUAAGCUACUCGCACAAGGCAAGUUUUCAUGCAAAGUGUGUGGAAAAACCUAUAACAGUGAAUGUCGACUGAAAGCACAUAUGAGAAUGCAUGAAAUGAGUAUUAAUGGUACCUUCUUCUGUACUCUGUGCAAAUAUUAUUAUAGAUCAGAGCUUUUAUUAAAAAGUCACAUGACAGAGAAACAUUUAUACAAGUACUUGUGUAAGAAGUGUCCUGAAGUGAAUUUUGACAGACAUUCAGCUAAAAGACAUUAUUACUGGGGUCAUUUCCAAGAAAUUUCCAAAAAGGGAUCCAGCUGGUCACGUACAAGUAAAGAAGCAAAGGGUAGUAGAAAGAAUAAGUCUGCUAUACGUAGGCUAGGAACUAAAGCAGAAGUACCACACGACUUUCCCAUACAAACUGCUAUAAGUCAAGAUGAACAAUAUGCUUUAGUGCGAGAUAGACAAAAAACCAAAAACUAUAUUGAUUCACCGUUCAAAUGUGAAUAUUGCUUUAAAGGCUUUAGAGUUGCAACGACAUUUGAGACACAUUUAAAAAAACAUGACCCUGCAUUAUCAGGCAAAUUGCAAUGUGAUGCGUGUAAAAUAUGCUAUCCAAGCACUGGAAAGAUGUACAAACACAUGACUAGAUGUCAUAUCUUCAAAUAUUCAUGUCAGAUGUGCGGCUAUACGUGCUUUAACAGGGGUCAAGCUAAAGUUCAUUAUAGAUGGCACAAAAAAGUUACAUACCCAUGUCCACAUUGUAAAAAGGAGUUUUCUAAGGAGUCCACGAAGCUAGGCCACAUCCGUAAGAUGCACCCAUCGACCAACAUUUGCAACUUGUGCGGACAUAGCUUUGUGAGUGUCACCGGUCUACACAUACACAAACUGAAGACCCAUAGCAAGGAGGAAAUGGAAGAGAAUGAAGGUAAAGUGGAUACAUCGAAUCCUCUGUACUGCGCUGAGUGCGGGGUUCAAUUCCGAGACGAUGACGCCUUUACUACCCAUCUUGGCUCUUCCAACAAACAUGCUGACACUAACCGUGCGAUCACGAAGCUAGGUGCGGAGGAUGGCGAAGGCGGACGGCUGACGGACAAGGGCGUCGUCAAUAUGGGCAGAGCUACCUCCUCGCACUGCGACAUCUGCAACAAGUACCUGCUGAACGACACGCAGGCGGUGCGACACUACGACGCGGAGCACCCCGGCGCGCCCUACCUCAAGCGGUACAUGUGCGACAUCUGCGGACACAAGACCAGGCAAUACGCCAACCUUGUAGUACACAUGCGGACGCACACGCAAGAGAAACCGUACUCGUGCCCGCACUGCGACCGACGCUUCAGCAUGCAGAACAAUCGCGAUAGACAUCUUGUUGUACACACAGGUGAAAAGAAGUACCAGUGCCCGCACUGCAACCGACGCUUCUCCCAGAAGAAUACAGUGAAGCUCCAUGUUCAGACGGUACAUCUAAAAAUCCCCUACCCACCAUGGAACAAGAAGAAUCGCAAGCGACGCCGGGAGCCCUCCUCGCCCCCACCCAGUUUGGACGCUCGCCCUGACUAUCUAAGCGCCUAUAUUGAUACUACUAAAGUAGUGGGAACCAACUAG